AUGUCCCGCCGAAAAACGUUGCUUUCGGGCUCAUUGUGUUGUUAUCCUGGAGUAUUGACAUUAGAGAGUAGGUUCUUGUCGAAAGAUUACAUAACGUUGGGCACCCAGAUGGGAGUUUACGAGAUGCUCAAAACGGCAGUCACCGUACCGGCUGCUGGCAUCAGGUGCUUCAACGGUCCUGCUAUCAUAGACUUUGGGGAUGGCUCUGUCGAUGGGCUCAUUGAUCUGGCUCGCGGUAGCGGCAACAACGCGAGGAGUGUCAACUAUCACACUGCACUCCGAAUAGCUACUAUAAACGGCGCGAAGGCCCUCGGCAAGGCUAAGGAUCUGGGUUCUCUUGAGGUUGGUAAGCUCGCCGAUAUCGUUGCCGUGGACCUGGGCCAUACAGGCAGUCUGCCGGUCUACGAUCCAGUCUCAAGUCUAGUGUACACCAACGAGCGGAGAGUUAGUGAUGUUUGGGUCGAUGGAAAGAGGAUUGUCGAGGCUUCCAAUGUGCUCACUAUGGCCCCACCUGAUCUCAACCAGAUGGAGCAGUUCCGUCGGCGGCUGGUCAAGUUUAAGAAGGAGGAAUGUGGCCGUCGGGUGCGCGUGCAGUCUCAUAACUAUCGAGAUGACGAACAACGCUAG